AAACCGAAUAAACAGAAGAAAAAUCUUCAUUGUAUAAAUUGUAAGGGGUGACCUACAAUGUAGGUUGAGUCAUAAUACAUCUGGUUCAUAGAGCGGACCGGAUCCAGUGACUGGAAGUUGUACUGAAGCAAUUAACUAAAGAUAUAAGGAAGUGAGUAAGGAGGCUCAGAGGAAAGUUUCUGAUACCGGAGUUCAUGUAACAGCUCACCAGAAAUACAACAGACUGUGUAUAUACAACAUGGCUUUUCUUUCAUAGACAAUUCUAGCAAGCUUAUGCUUUAAAUCCUGUUCAUCAUCAACUAAACUGUGGUCAUGCACAUUAUAACAGUGGACAUGUUAGCUUAUAUGGAAAUAAUAUUAAUCAUUGCCAUGACAACCCAAGCUCAACCACCAUGCCCAUGGUCUGGCAUCUGUAUCUGUAACUCAACUAUGAACCAGCCGGUAAAUCAAGGUGAGAUAAGAUACAGUGUCAACUGCACUCUCAGGCGUCUGAAAACCAUACCCACGCCCGGAAUUUCCCAUUCCCUCACAUACGAACUCAUCGACUUUUCACACAAUAACAUCACAUUCCUACAAGAUGGAGCUUUUCUAGGACUGUUUCCAGCACGGCGGAUAGUCCGCUUGUCACUGACACACAACCAGAUCAGCUACAUCCACAGAAAUGCUUUUGCUAUUUUGCAAUACAAGUUGGAUUACCUGUUCCUGGAUUACAACCACCUGACAACAGUCCCUGGAGAGGCAGUGCGUCAUCUGGAGGCUCUGUCAGAGCUCCACCUAUCCUUCAACAAAAUCAACACAUUCCCUGGGAUGACAUUUCAGGGCAACAUGGAGAGCCUGGAGGAGCUGAAACUCCAAAACAACCAGCUGACCUCUCUCCCAACCAACGCACUUCAAGGUCUUCCGAACAUCUUCCGUGACCUGGAUAUCAGAUAUAACAAUAUAAGUACCCUCAACAUUUGUACUGUUGCUGGUUUUCCUAACUUACAGUAUGUGAAAAUGGAUGGCAAUCAGUUAUCAUGUACAUGUGAUCUCAAGUGGAUGAUAGACAGAGGAGUAAAGCUCCAGAUUUCAGCGUCAACCCCAGUCUACUGUAUACAGGGGGAAGACUUCAGAGCUUCACCUGAAAACCUUCGGUGCGGUGCUCCUCCUGACUGUGGUUCCUUAUCUAACCCUGCCACCACAAUGGAACAAACAACCCCAGGCCUGGUGAAAACCACUACUACUGUAACAGUGGCAACUAAUGAAAGCUCAUCAACAGGAACCAAAGACAACACAGUUGUAAUACAUGUUCAUGUAAUUAUUAUUUUCUUGGUGAUUGGAGUGGUAAUCAUUGUUACGGUGGUCAUUGUGGCAGUUGUAGUAAUUUGCAGAAUGAGACGCAAACAGCAGACCAUGACUAACAGAGGUCAAGGCCAAACAGAAACAGAAAGUGGAGAAAGUGACCCACUGAAAGGUGAAGGUCACCAGAUGCCUCCAGCUAAUUCCAAGACCAACGAGACAGAACCGUUGACGAGAGAACCUGGGUACGAGCAACCAGUCUCCCAUGAUGCUUCACCACAGCACGUGUACACACAGCUCCGUACCCUGCCCCCUGUGCCAGUCAGUAACGAGGCAGGAGAGGCACAGUAUGAGGUAAUGCAUUCACCUGACCAGCCAGUGUAUGUGAAUGAUUAUAGCUACUGUGACGAUGUUGAUCCCAAUGCUCCUCAAACAGGGAAUAAACCAGAAUAUUUGGAGUUGUUGCCGUAACAAGUUGCAAAAUUCUGAUUUAACUUAUGGUUUGCAUGGGAAAUAAACAAGGCAGCACAGCUGUUAGAUGGACAGACAUACAUAUAUAAAUGGCGAAACUAAUUCAAGCAGUGACAUUAAAACAGUGUAAAAAUGCAGUUAAAAUAUUUUUUGGGCAA